AUGAGGACCACGGAUUUGCACAAGGAUGAACUUCGACUUAAAGCGCAAAGUAUUUACAAUGUGUAUUCCUCUUUCCGAAAAAACCAGAAGGAGGCAGAGAGCUUUUACAGCUACGGCUGCAGUAAAGACAGGUUUAAAACUGAUAAAGAGAGGCAGUUUUUGGUGAGAGAGCGACCUCUGUUAUUGCCGCCAUUGGAGACAAGUGCGCUUUCAGGGCAAACUUCGAAACAAGUCAAUAAAUUUGCUCCAGUCGCGAAAGAAAAAACGUCUAGAGUUCUUCCAAGACAUCUGCCUAAAAUUGAAACAAGGACAACAGAAUUGAAGAAAGAACCAAAAAAUUAUGAUAUAGUUUCCAGAAGGUUAGAAAAACCAGAGAAAACCAUGAACGAAAAACUUUCGCCUUUGACGACUAGAACACUGAAGCCAAUGCCGCGUGCUGCCUUGACGUCUUCAGCUACAUUGCGAGGUUUAAAGAGAUUGAAAUCAGAAGAGAAAGACAUUUUCCGGUUUCGCUUUUCUAAUUAUAAUGUCAGAGACAUUAAUGUCUCAUCCCUAAAUGAA